GCGCUAGCUGCUUGUCCUCAUCCGGAAUGUUGACCACUGGAGCGUCUUGAGCAAGAAAAGCAACGCUGUUGCGCUAGCUACGGAGUCUUCCCCUCCCAAGAGCAAGGCUGUCUGAUUGCUCUUGUUUGAAUUUCUACAGAGACCUGUCAAUAUGGCAGCUCAUAACCUACUCUUGUUGAGUGUUGUGAAGUACCAUAGUGCCUGAGACCUUCACUACCUUCUUCUACGGUGUCACAGACUGUGUUGGUUAUUGCAUCAUCUAUCAAAAGUGAAUGUGAAAACCCAAAGAACAGAGAUUGAGAAAUAGCUCCAUAACAUGGCUGUAGCCGGAUGUCCAGAUUAUUUUCUACACCAUCCAAAUUAUCAGCAGGACAAUGUAGACCGAGCCUCCAAUCACAGACCAGCAGAUCUAAUUGGGCCGAGUUUCCAGAAGUCAACCAAUCGGAACUCUCCUAACCAUCAAGAAGAUGAUGUGGACCUGGAGGCGCUGGUGAAUGACAUGAACUCCUCGUUCGAGAGCCUGUACUCCACAUGCAGCAGCGUGCAGUCUGAGUCAGUUCCCCUCCUGCAGCACAACGGCCAGGUGCACCGCGACCACCACCGCAGCUCCCCCAUGCCCCCCCACCCCCACACCUCCCCCAGCGAGCUGCAGCCCAGCCCCACCUCCCCCAAACAGAGACUCCGACGCUCCCAGCCCAUGCACAUCCUCGCCGUCAGGAGACUGCAGGAAGAGGAGCAGCAGCUCCGGACGUCCUCUCUGCCGGCCAUCCCCAACCCCUUUCCCGAGCUCUCCAGCUCUCCUGUCCUCAGCCCUGGGUCUUUACCUCCGUGUCAGCCCUCAGGCACAUACAUUAUAAAAAUUUUCAGCGAGGACGGCAUGGGGAAAGUAGUAGAAAUACCAGCCGACAUGACUGCCAGAGAUCUUUGCCAGCUCCUUGUGUCCAAAAGCCAUUGUGUGGACGACAACAGUUGGGUGCUUGUUGAGCAUCACCCCCUUCUUGGACUAGAGAGGUGCUUGGAGGACCAUGAGCUGGUGGUACAAGUGCAGGCGUCCAUGACCAGCGAGGGCAGAUUUCUGUUCAGAAAGAACUAUGCCAAAUAUGAAUUCUUCAGAAAUCCCUUGAAUUUCUUUCCCGAGCAUAUGGUUGCGUGGUGCCAGGAAACAAAUGGUGCAAUCCCACCAUCUCAACUUUUACAGAAUUUAUUGAACUCCAGCAGUUGUCCUGAGAUCCAGGGCUUUUUAUACGUGAAAGAGAUGGGCAGGAAAUCCUGGAAGAAGCUGAAUGUGUUCCUUAGACGCUCAGGACUUUACUUUUCUACGAAAGGAACGUCAAAGGAGCCCAGGCAUUUACAGUUACUAGCAGACCUGGAGGACAGCAAUGUCUUCACAGUAACAACAGGCAAGAAGCUACACAGUGCGCCAACAGACUACGAGUUCUGUAUAAAGCCCAACAAGAGGACUGAGCUUAAGGAGUUGAGGAUGUUGUGUACUGAAGACGAACAGAGCAGAACUUCCUGGAUGACAGCCUUUAGACUCUUCAAGUAUGGAAUAGUCCUCUAUCAGAACUACAAGAUUCCUCAGCAGAGAAAAACUCUGUCACACUUUUCAACACCAGUGCGGAGUGUGUCGGAGAAUUCUCUGGUGGCCAUGGAUUUCUCAGGAAGGAUAGGCAGGGUGAUCGACAAUCCUUUGGAGGCCCAGAGCGCUGCCAUGGAGGAGGGCAAUGCCUGGAGGAAGAGAAGUCAACGGAUGAACAUUCUAGGGAGUCCCAGUCCACUACAUCACUGUUUAUUAAGCUCAGUUAUUCACAGAACACAGCUGUGGUUCCAUGGGCGGAUAACGCGAGAAGAGUCCCAUCGGAUGAUCCACCAACAAGGCCAGGUGGACGGGUUGUUUCUGUUGAGGGACAGUCAAAGCAACCCAAAGGCCUUUGUUCUCACACUGUGCCAUCACCAGAAAAUCAAGCAUUUCCAGAUCUUACCGUGUGAAGAGGACGGCCAGAUCUUCUUCAGCCUUGACGACGGGUCCACCAAAUUCACCGACCUGAUCCAGCUGGUGGAGUUCUACCAGCUCAACAGAGGAGUACUGCCUUGUAAACUCAAGCACCCCUGCACCCUCGUAGCCUUAUGACCCCUGACCUAUGACUUGACCGGACUCUGCCUAAAAACAAACUCAAUACUUUUUCUUUAGGAAAGGCUGAUGUGAUGAACUCAUAUUGUUGUUGUUGUGUCAUGAGCUGCCGGCGACUGCGGACGGAACGGGACGGAGUGGUUGUUGGGUUAGGAUGGACGCUAGUGUACUUCAGUGACCUCUGUGUUCCGGAAGGAAGGAGGAGAUAAAGAAGCAUAAAGAGGCACCAUGUUGUUAUUAACUCUUAAAAAAAAAAAAACAUUUUCAAGUUUGUAUUCAUAGUCACCAAUAAGCUCUGAUCCACUGACACAGUUUAGUGACAGUUUAUGAGAUCAAAGUAGUUUUUAUUUUCCUUGUACAAUCAUCAGGACUUUGUUUAGUCUGGGCCACUUUUUUACAAAAUGAAAGUAUUUUUUUGUUACAAAUCAUCUAUACUACAACCUCUUUUUGAAAAGCUGAUUGUUUCCUAGUUUGGCACUUGUGAAACUGGAAACAGGCCUUUCCACACUGACUGAAGAAGAAUUCCUCUACUCUCUCAUUCUUCUCAUUACCAACAAUGGCAAAUCCCUCCUGUGUUGGAGGGAUGGAUGGACAAUCUGAUAUUCGGAAAAAGAACAUCACGAGACAGAUCACGAGGCCAGCUGUCUCUGUCAAGCUGUAGGAAGGAAAGGCUGGAGCUGGUAAUUUAGGAUGGAGCUGAAGGAUACUCAAGGACUACACAGGAUCCAUUCAUUCCACUCUCAUAGGACUUUUCUUCAUUUCUUUCUUUCUUUCUUCAUUUCUUUCUUACUUUCUUUGGUGACCUCACAGGCUUUUGUAUUCAUGCCAUUUUAGUACAGCAUCAUCAAAUGUGUUCUUACUCCACUUUAGUUUCUUAUCAGUAGUCUGGAGCAUUUUGAUUUCUAACAGUCACACAACAACAACACUACAUCCAGUUCAGUGUUAAAUCACUCCGUCAUUAGCUCCACCAUACAGUGUUCCACAUAUAACCACAUGAACCUCCCCCCAACAUAUUCACUACUACAGGGAUUCAUUCACUCCCCAUCUCAUCCACUCAUUUAAGUCCACAUAGUAGAUAGCUGUUGAGGUCCACGCUGCGAGCCUAGUCCUAUACUGUGUGCUAUAACCAACCCUUCUAUUGUUGGCUACAGUACGUAUUCAGUAUGGCACCAGGCUACCAUGCUGCUCCUCAAGUGAUAACAAGCAACAUAACGGCUAAGGAAGGCUCUGGUCUUGGGUCUCUCUUGGUGUCAACGCAAUAAUAAAGCUAUAUGUAAAACAUUUGUAAGCAUGUGGCCAUCUUGUGGACUGUAAUUCGAUGUUGUAAGCUCUCUGAAGACAUAGUUAUGAUUAUAUGACCAGAAGUAAAACCUAAUUUAGGCCACUGGGGAGGGAGGGUGCCACAGUUUUUCUUUUAAACCUACCUGUUUGCAUUCCCUCCAUCAGAACACAGGGAAAUAUAACCACUACACCAACCUCUUGUGAUUCACUAGAGUGAUCUGACUAGCUCAGAGUUGAUGUGUACAGUCCAAUGUCAGUCUGUCUGUUGUGCUGUCUGUAGAAUGAAACUGGAAUCAAUCGACUCAUCUGCUGCGAGGACCAAUCUCCUUAAUCCAAGGAUGCGUCCCAAAAGGCACUGUAUUCCCUACAUAGUGCAUUACUUUUGACUAGGUCCCAUAAGGCUUUGGUCAAAAGUAUUGUACUAUAUCGGGAAUAGGGUGCCAUUUGGGACUCAGCCCGAGUCCAUUCGUUUUGGACUUGUUGCUUCUCUUUUCCAUUAUGUGAAUGAAUGAUUGUUUUUAGAACAGACACUGUGAAGCCCUAGUAAUGGAUGAUACCCUGAAGUGGAAGGGUGUUUACUAUCUAGCCUUGUCCAAGGUUGCAGUGAACACAGAUUUGUAAAGAUGUUUUUACCUGUAAUGCAACAUUAAGAAAGAGCCAUCUUUUUAUUUUAUUUAUGGUGUCUUAAGCUAGAUAGAUUCAGAUACAGAAUAUUAGCCACACUAUCUACAAGUUCUGCACAAUGACAUUUUUUAAAAAUAAGAUGCAAUGACUCAAUCAUUUCAAGUAUUGUUUCGCAAAUGUAUUUAUUUAUCUGGAUGUGAGUGAUUACUUGAAAUGUAGCUCUUUUCUCAGCGCUGUUCGGUACUGUUUUAUCAUUACCGUGGAAUGAUUGAACCGCAUAAUUAUUACAUAGCCCAUAUUUCACUUCUUGCUUUUUAUGUUUGAACACUCAUACUAUUUUAUCACCAACACUUACUAUGAAAUAACGUUGAAAGCAAGGGGUGUUCCCUAAUGUCAUGGUUUUCAUUCCAAAUUGGUGUCAAUAGAAAAAGUGUGGGGAAUAAAAGUCACUAAUAUUUCAGUCACAA